ACAACGGCAAGCGGACCGAUCAUCGUCUGCUUCUGUCUUGACUUUUGAUGGCUGCUCUGCUCGCUCGGGAAAUUGGAGUUUGUUGGACACCUACCAUACCUGUACGGCAGAGUGCGGUGGAGUAUAGUGAAAGAUUGAAGUUGUGAAUCGAGUGCUUCAGUCAGUACAUCUAGCAGUAAACUGGUCGUCGUCGCGAUCGCCAUUCGUUCGAUAGUGUUUUGAAAGACUUGCAAGUUUUGGGGUUGUCAUUCAAGAAAAGUUCCAGCUUUUCCUCCCCACCAAAACAUAAGGCUACAGCUGGCCCCAAUUUGCAGACCUGGUGUUUCCUUCGGUAUUUCUUCAAUUUUCGUAAGAAGUUGGUCUGCGGUGGUAGCCUCAAGUGGCCGAGUGCGAAACGAGAAGAAAAAUAAGAGGCGGCAACUUUUUUCGAUGUGAAUCGAAAGUGGAUCAAAAGCAGUGAGGCUGUGGCGAAAAAGUGAAUACAAAAUUGUGUAGAAAUUGGCCCGUGGCGGCCGCGGAAUAGUGUUAGUAGUGGAUGCACGUCGUACAAUUUUGAAUUUGUUGAUAGUUCUCGGAAAUUGAGUCGAAUUUGGAUUGAAAAUUGCCGCGUCGAGCAGACAGAGAUAGAGCGAUAGAGGCGUCGCAGGCAGUAGCUGAAGAAGCUUAUCUAUCGAGUGAACGACUUGGCAAACACCACAGCUCAAAAUGUACUCUCCAACUAAUCCAACAUCGAUAGCCGUUUGAUUGGGCCGCGCGCGAAACCAUCUGGGCGACCUUAUCAGUUAACCAGGUGCUGCGCCCCAUUGCAUAUCGGUUGUAGCGGUGUGAACGCGCCUUGCUCUGCUAGCAGAGCAACAGGCACAGGUCGGAGACCGACUGCGUCGGUAGACCGCUGUGGUCCCCAAACGGAUCCCUUGGAAGGAAUCCGCCCUCAAGAGGACCUCCCAAUCGCGCAAUGUCGGAAGGAUUCGUUGCUGGUGGGCAGCAAGAAGACAUACUCCAGCAGCAGCAACAGCAGACUGAGUAUCAGUGGUCCUCCUACGCCAUAAUGGAUUCAUCCCGGGUUUCCACUUGCCUGAUAUCGAUGCUCCUGAUUGUAUAUGGUAGCUUUCGCAGCCUUAACAUGGAACAGGAACAGCGCGAGAAGGAGAAAAAGCGCCAAAGUGAGAGCAUGAACAAUUUGAUCACGGGCGAACCGGUGCAACAGGAGCACAACAAAUUCGCAACUCUGGACACGAUGCACGCUCUCUGUCUUCCACUGGGGGCAUCCGUCUCACUGCUGGUGAUGUUCUUCUUUUUUGACUCAAUGCAAAUGCUAUUUGCCGUUUGCACAGCAAUCAUUGCCACCGUAGCAUUAGCGUUCCUAUUACUUCCCAUGUGUCAGUACAUUAUUCGACCCUGUUCGGAUGGUAAUCGAAUAUCGUUCGGAGUAUGUGGCCGCUUCACUGCAGCGGAGCUGUUCAGUUUCUCAUUGGCGGUUUCGAUCGUCUGUAUCUGGGUACUGACCGGCCAUUGGUUGUUGAUGGAUGCUAUGGGAAUGGGUUUGUGUGUUGCAUUUAUUGCCUUCGUUCGGUUGCCCAGCUUGAAGGUUUCCACAUUACUGCUCACGGGGCUAUUGAUCUACGAUGUGUUCUGGGUGUUCUUCUCAUCUUAUAUCUUUAGCACGAAUGUGAUGGUGAAGGUGGCAACACGUCCCGCAGAGAACCCAGUUGGAAUCGUCGCCCGAAAGUUCAAUCUUGGUGGAAUCGUGAGAGAGCCUCCCAAGUUGAAUCUACCAGGAAAGCUGGUAUUCCCCAGUAUUCACAACAGCGGUCACUUUUCGAUGCUCGGACUGGGAGAUAUCGUCAUGCCGGGACUGCUUCUAUGCUUUGUGUUACGCUAUGACGCCUACAAAAAGACCCAGUGUACGCAAACAGCGGAAACGGGCGUUCCACCACCGAGAGGAGUCGGCUCAAAGCUUACUUAUUUCCAUUGUUCCUUAUUAGGUUAUUUCCUCGGUUUACUAACCGCCACCGUUAGCUCGGAAGUAUUCAAAGCAGCACAGCCCGCCUUGCUGUAUUUAGUUCCGUUCACAUUGCUACCUCUGCUAACGAUGGCAUAUCUGAAGGGUGACUUGAGGCGAAUGUGGAGUGAACCGUUCAUCAUACAACAAGCAUCUAAGCAGUUAGAGGUUUAAGCUGUAAUUGCGAUUUAGAAUGAAGACAACCGAUACAUCUACAUGAAUAGUAUUAAGGCUACGUUGAGUAAAACAAAACAAAAUCUAUUAUAGGAUGAGAGCAAGGAUAGCGUAAGUAUCUACACCUGUAAGAGCUGCAAAAGUAAACCACAAUUCUGAAAUGAAUAUAUGAAUGUAUUUAGCAACAAAUCGAACAAUGUAGGUAACAAGCGAACAAAAAUGCAUGCAUGCGUCGCUCUGCUCCAAAUAAAUGAUUCGAAUGAAAGACAUUUUCGGAUCCCACGACACUAGCACUAAUCAAUGGAGUUGUUCAGGAUCACAGUGGGGAUCCAGACAGAAACAGACAGCUACAUUACAAGUUAAGGAACUUAACCAUACCUUAAAAGUAAGGAAGAUUUUUGUGAAUUUUUAUCAUUUAUAGUUAUUCUCAUUUGAAGACUUUAGCUACGUGUACGUAUUAAUUUAACGUAAGUCAUGAACAAAUUACGAUUAUAGCAACAGUACGCCAGAGAAGUUGGACUUCGUUAAUCAAGCUAACAAAUAUUUUAUAUACUCCGUGCAGAAAACGUACCAUUUUCAUAGUAGAACUAUUUUUUCAUCUAAUUUAAAAAUCAACCCGCUUCAUCCCGUCAUUCACGAAGAGCGCGCAGUAAUAGCUAUCAUCGUACUUUCAUCUAGAGAGAAGGCAGGGAACGCUAGUAGUUUUGAAUUCCCGAGGACGAAAAAAAAAUCCAUUCAAGUCAAAUUAUUAGUAAGCAUAGGUUCUGUGCGAAACAAUCGAAUUUUGGGUCGGAUUUUUCCGAGUGGACUUACAGUGAGGGGAAAACGUUCGCAAUUAGCAGCAGAGCAAUCCGUUUUAGUCCAACACGAUGUGUUACGUUUCCGUCUUCUGAAGACAGGCCAGAAAUAAAAGCAAAAACAACAAAAAGUCAUUACAAAGCCACACUCACAGCCUCAUUGCGAAAUGACAAAAGAAUAUAAAAAUGUGAUAAUUUUGUAUAAUUUCAGCAGUCUCUGUGUACGCCUAUCUCGAAUGUAUACCUUAUAAUUUUUAAAUAGAAAAGUCUGUUUAAAAUAGAGAAAUAAAUAUCGUUUUCGAACAUUCAAA